UUGUUUUUGGUAACUCCGCUCAGCCGUUCUUUUUCUUUUUGUUCUUCCGAUUUCUUAUCAUUUUCUUUUUCACUUUUGAUUCCUUGAUAAAAACUCACACUUGGGUUUUUUCCUUUCUCCAUUUAUUUAUUUGAUUUCACAUGAUAUCAAAAUUUAGUCCCUGAAAUUGGGUCGAUGAAUUCUUCGUCAUUAACACUGAAUUGGGUUCUCUAAAAGCAUUCUUUUUGCGUACCAUUUUUUGAGAAAAAAAAAGAAAGGAAAAGAAAAGAAAAUGGUGAAUUAUAAAGAGUUUUGGACGAAGAAGACAUUGGUAGGUCUUGGGCUGGGACAGCUUCUCUCUCUUUUGAUCACUUCCACUGGCUUCUCUUCUUCUGAACUUUCCAAAAAAGGAAUUGAUGCACCAACUUCGCAGUCAUUUCUGAACUAUGUGCUCUUGGCUGUUGUCUAUGGAAGUAUUAUGCUCCAUCGAAGGAAACCACUCAAGGCGAAAUGGUAUUAUUAUGUAAUUCUUGGAUUGGUGGAUGUUGAGGCCAAUUUUCUAGUGGUGAAGGCCUAUCAGUAUACAUCUAUUACAAGUGUAAUGCUGCUUGAUUGUUGGUCCAUCCCAACCGUUAUGCUUCUCACGUGGGUCUUCUUGAAAACGAAAUAUAGAUUCAGAAAGAUAACUGGUGUUAUUGUCUGUAUUGCCGGCCUUGUCAUUGUCAUCUUUUCAGAUGUUCAUGCGGGUGACAGAGCAGGAGGGAGUAACCCCCGGAAAGGGGAUGUGCUUGUUAUAGCUGGUGCGACACUCUAUGCUGUCAGUAAUGUUAGCGAGGAAUUUCUUGUGAAGAAUGCUGACAGGAUUGAACUCAUGUCAAUGUUGGGUCUCUUUGGUGCCAUUGUCAGCGCUAUCCAAGUAAGCAUAUUAGAGCGGGAUAAUCUCAAGGCUAUUCAUUGGUCUGCUGGGGAAGCUCUUCCAUUUGUGGGAUUUUCAGUGGCUAUGUUUCUGUUUUACUCUCUCGUACCGGUCUUGCUUAAGAUUAAUGGGUCCACAAUGCUAAAUCUAUCCUUGCUCACCUCGGACAUGUGGGCCGUUAUAAUUCGUAUCUUUGCCUACCACGAGAAGGUCGAUUGGAUGUAUUUCUUUGCAUUUGCUGCUGUUGUUGUUGGUCUUGUUAUCUACUCGGGGGGUGAUAAAGAAGAGGAACGCCGUGCUGAUGUUGCAGAUGAAGAUGCUGAGCGGAGCAAACACUUUGACGAGGAAGUUGGGUCUGGAAGUCGCAACCGAGGAACCACGACGGAGAGGAGCCUAAAAACUGGCGACGCUUCAACUAGCACUCCAGAAAGGGGCAUUGUUGACAACAAGAACAUAGGGAAA